UGGAGCUGUUCCGGAGCUCUUCCUAGGUGUGAAAAGAAUACAUACAACUAUUGAAAGCGUGUUAAAACGUGUAAUUUGACCAGCAUAUUGUGUAAUUUCACAAAUUCAGAUCGACAACACUGGUUCUCAAUCAAACACGGAUCCAUAUCACUUAUUACUUCCGAAAACCCCUAUAAAUUACAAUCAGCUGAUUUUACCAAAAGUAAGGUUACCUACAUGUCAUCAAAAAAAACUAUAAACGUAAACUUAUCACUUAUCAGCACAAAAUCCAAAAAUGAAGCCUUCUCUGACCUUCAUAGGUUCGGGAAUUUUUUUUCUACUGAUAGCCAGAUCGAUUUGGAGCCUCUAUUCGAUAUGGCAAUCGCCAGAAUGUAACAAUUUAAUUCAAGAAACUUGCUAUCAUUCUUUUUUGAACGAAAACCCGAAACUCGAUUUGAUGGUUUACGUUUCCGACAACUCGAAGAGCGGAAAGUUCGAGUCGAUAUUGAAUUUGAAAGAGUUAGACUAUAGGACGCCCUUUGAAAAGGACAUAACUAUCGAGAUACCAAAAGCUGUACGCAACAAUGGCUCACUAUUUAUUCAUAACUUAAUUGUUCCCAGUGAGCAUGCUAAGAAAUUCUCAGUUAAUGAUUUAAAGGGUCUUUUAAAUGCUAAAGAAGCUACCUAUGUUAAAGGUAGGCUUACGAAAUUUGCCAUUCCAAAAAGUGGAGCCUUCAAUUUAUUAAAGGAAGAGGGAGAAAUGAAAAAAGAUUACAAACCGGUAACACAUUUGAGAUCUAAAUAUGCUAUUACACUAUGUACUGAAGAAUUACAUCUACCUCAUAGUGAUAUUCCUUUCGAAAUCCACAACCAUCUGCGUGUAAAUCAACAAGGUCAAUUUUUGCCGAUACUAUAUCCAGAUUUUCUCAACAUGCGACUCAAAGACCUGAUCGAAAUCACACCCUCGACUCAAACUAUGACUUUUACUUACGCAUUCAAUCCGAUAUCGUUGGGCAAAACCCGAUUUUACAUACAAAUGGAGGCUACUUUGAAACAAUUCAUACAGCUGGGAUUCACCGAAAAAGAUUUGGACGAAGUCAAAGGAGUUUUCGGCGACACCAAUUUGUAUUUGUUGUGCGCUACAAUGGCAAUUGGCAGUAUUCAUCUCUUGUUGGACUUUUUAUCAUUCAAAAACGAUGUCAGUUUUUGGAAAACUCAAAAAUCUAUGGCUGGACUAUCGACGAAAACAGUCUUGUGGCGAGCUUUUUCUCAAGCAGUAGUAUUUCUUUUCCUUUUAGAUGAGGGCACGUCCUUGUUGGUACUUAUACCCGCAGGAAUAGCCACAUUAAUUGAGAUUUGGAAAGUUACCAAAGUGUGUAAAACACACAUGACACUUUCCUGGAGCGGAUUGAAAUUUCAAAGAGAUAAAACUGAGUCAGCUGCUGAAGCUGAAACUAGAAAAUAUGACGAGGAAUGUAUGAAGUAUUUAAGCUAUUUAUUAUAUCCUUUGUGCUUGGGAGCUGCUAUUUAUUCACUUUUAUAUCAACCACAUAAAAGUUGGUAUUCUUGGACAAUCAACAACUUAGUGAAUGGGGUUUACGCGUUCGGAUUCCUCUUCAUGCUACCCCAACUAUUCAUUAAUUACCGCUUGAAAUCUGUAGCAGCUUUACCAUGGAGAGCAUUCACUUACAGAGCUUUCAACACUUUUAUAGAUGAUAUUUUUGCAUUUAUCAUUACAAUGCCAACAGCCCAUAGAGUAGCAUGUUUGAGGGAUGAUGUGGUGUUUUUGGUUUAUUUGUAUCAGAGAUGGUUGUAUCCUGUGGAUACGUCAAGAGUUGAAGAUAUAAGCGGAGAAGUGAUUCCAGAAUCGAAGGAAGUUGAGGAGAGUAAAAAAAAGAAGUAACUUUUACAAUACAUUCCAAAAAAUAGAUAGAUACAAUUACUUAUUUAUUUAAGAACAUUUUUAAUGUUGUUUUUUUUUUGGUUAAAUGAUUUAUUUUAUUUAUUUUUCAGUUUUAAAUAAAAUGUCUUUAUACAUUUCGAAUUUUGCUCUAAACAAGAUUGAGUAAUCGUCUAGUUGCUAAUAAUAAAAUCAUGAAUGUUUUGUAUCUUAUACUUUAUUUUAUCCAGCGCAGUAGUAGGUACAACAAAAUUCCAUUCAACUAGGUAGGUAAGUACAUUUUGUUUGAGUAGGUAUAAUUUAUAAUAAUAGAUUAAUUUUUAGUUUUUAAGGUAGGUAUACGUAUUUUUAUUAUAUAAAAAGAUAUGCAUCAGUUGGAAACUAAAAAUCAAAAGAAAUUAGCUCCUUACCAGGCAAACCUUUUUAAUUUUUUUGAUUAAUGUCUUUUCAAGGAAAACAAAGAUUAUUCUAAAAUCACAUUUAUAUAAGGUCAUAACAACAUAAUGUUCCAAAUAAUAUUACAGCACCAUCAAUUUGAGUCCAAUUUUACUAAAAAUCUAUCAAUUUAAACUGCUCUCAGUGAUAUUUGCUGACUCAGUAACAGCACCAACAGUCGUAAAAGGAAGUAGAGUAGUUAUGAGGCGGGUGGUCAAAUGGUUACCAUAAAUAUCAUGCGCGGUACUUGUGGCUGGAGUACCAGAA